ACUGUCUGGAUCUGGGAAAGUAGGACCGAGACAGGACCGGAUUCAAGAAACAGGUCACCUCAGAGUCUUCUAAAAGUCUUUAUUUAGUAAACACAUUAACUAAGUAACACUGAAGGUCAUUAAUGUCGCCACAAAAUCCGCCAGAUGUGAACAUUUUAAGCAGUAUUCACCUGAAUAUGAAGACUGUCCUUUAGAGGCCGCUUCAGUCUUUGUUAUUUAUGCAGUUGUAUUCGACAUGAGUAAAUAUGAACUCAUCCAGUCCAGCAGAGAGAAGAGCUGAGGCCGCUGUUGGACCCUUCAGGAGCUGUUAGCUGUCCACUGGGAUUAACAGGGGUUUCGAUGGAGAGGAGCAGUGAAGAAGAGGCAGCUGUGGAUGAAGAGGAUGGAGAACAGGCACCCAACAGGAUCAUGAGGUCAGAUGAGUCUGCAUGGAACCCAGGAAGGAAAACCCCCAAAGGUGGCCUGUCAGACCCUUCCACUGAUACUCUGACACUCAGACUGUGGAAGCUGCUUCAAGAUAAAUGUGAGAUGAAGCCCACACCUAAUGAUAUGAUUUCUGAAGACCGAGGAGAGGCUUUGGAGCCUGACAGAGAUGACAGCUCACUUACACUCUCUGUAUCUCCUUUACCCUCCUCCUCCUCCUCCUCCACUACAUCCUGCAGUAAUCAUCAGAAAAAGUUUUCUUCAUCUUCCUCAACAUCCUCCUCCUCAUUCCUGUCACUGUCUCCCCCUUUGCCUCCUUCGGUGGAGCUCUCAGCUGUGUUGACUGGCACUAGGCUGACUCUGGAUGUGUACAAAUGUGGAGCAUCAGCGCUGCCUUUGCUCUGGAGGUCCGUCCCAGAGCAGCUGAAAGGCCUCCAGUACCUGAGACUGGGCUCUGAGGAUAAACCAGGGCUGGAUGGUGCUUUGGACGUCCUUCCCUAUUUGACCAAGUUGUGCUCGCUGUCUAUUCGAGGACACAGGUUUUACAACACAGAAGGUGACCCCCUGCCAGGCCUCCUCACCACUUUACCCAGCUCCAUUUCCUCCCUUUCUCUCCUGGUGGACCUCGAUCUCUCCUUCAACCAGCUUACCUCUCUGCCACCCUGCCUGUUCAGCCUGCCUGUAUUGUCCACCUUGCUGCUCUGUCACAACCACCUCUCAGCUCUGCCCUCUGAUAUCGACCAGAUGGCCUCCCUCACCUACCUCUCCCUUAUGGGGAACCAGCUGGACUCUCUGCCCCCAAGUCUAGGUCAGCUGAAAGCACUGCAGAGACUAGAUGUUUCAUAUAACCUCCUGCAGCAGCUACCUGAUGAAAUUGGCUCUCUGGGGAAGCUUGUUACGCUGGAGUUGUCCCACAACAAACUAAAGCAGCUGCCAGAGACUAUGGGCUCUCUCCUGUCCCUCAGGGAACUUAUUAUCUACAGCAAUGACCUGCGUCUGAUCCCAGACUCUCUGAACACACUGCCUCUGCUGAAAAUAAAUGUGCGUGACAACCCUUUGGGACGCCCACCGACACCCCCUCCUCUCCCUCCUCCUACACCAGCUCAAGAAAUACCCAGAAUUCCAGAGCUGCAUCUCAGAUUUAAUCAGCACAGUUUCUGUGUUUCGUCUGCUGGGUGUCAUGUGUUCAUCCCAGGGGGGGCUGAGCUGAUUUUCCCCCCGGGGUGCCUGGUGACACCCACCAGACUGCAAUGGAUGGAGAAGAGGCCAGACAGGAAGUGGGUGUGGCUAGAGGAGCAUGACAUCCUGUUGAGUUGUCCACUGGAACUUCGUCCACAUGGAAUUACGUUUUUAAAGCCUGUGGAGGUGUGUGUACCAUAUCGGCGGAGAAAGAAAAGGGAGGUAAUCAUAAGGAAGUUUGAUGGACAUUCAUGGAGCAGUUUGCCCACUGUCUUAAGGAGAGGAAGUCCUAACCAUAGCAGUCACCCAAGAGGACGUCCAGCCCGGCUGGCCUGCUGCUCAGUGAGCCAGUUCUCCUGGUUUAUGGCAGUGUCCUGUCCAGUGAAGGACACAUGCUCUGUUACACCAGCUGGGGCGCUGCUGGUGUCCAGUUCUGACCCUGGAGUUAAGCUCCACUUCCCUCCUAACUCCACAGUCCAAGUUCGCACUAUAACUUUACAGGUGCUACAGGUGUCUGAGUCAGAGGUACAGACACUAUGUGGUGAUCCUCAGGCGAGGGUCAGCCCUCUCCUCUGUCUCUCACAGACUCCCAGUAUGCAUUUCCUGCAACCCAUCAAAGUCCAGAUCCCUCUGCCAUCUGGAGUAACAGGUCAUUCAGUUGAUGAGUCCUGUUUGCAUCUGUUCCAUGGAGACCCCGCUGCCCAAACCUGGACUGACAUCACAUCUCAAGUAUCUCUUUAUGUCACUCAGUUGUAUGCAAUUUUCUACAUUACACAUUUCUCCUGGUACUGGCUGUGGUAUACCACCCAGCGCUGUGUUAGUGGGGUUGUCAGGAAGGUCUACCAACGGCUCAAACAGUUUAAAGUCCAAUUCCUCGUCCUCCAGAGGAAGACUGAUCCUUCACAAGUGCUUCUUCAGUGUUUACCUGCUAACAAGGUGGAAGGUCAAGUGCAGUCCUUAUUGGAGCAGUAUGACGGACCCCAGCCCUCAGAUUUCUGUGACCUGUUGGAGGGAGAGCAGUUCUUUGCUGGUUUUGAAAGAGGCUUAGACAUCAGCGCAGACAGACCAGAUUGUGUAGGAGGACGGCUGUGCUUUGUGUUCUACUCCAGCCUGAAGAAUCUAAAGGAAGUAUAUAUAUCUCCAGAAGAGGGUCAGAAGGGGCCUGUGAGGGGACAGGUGUCUUUUUAUAGAGGGGAAGUUCCUGAAAAUUUGCCGGAGGAAGUGGCGAGAAAAAGGAAAGGACAUGACAACCAGUGGCUCGCAACUUUACCGCUAAAACUUCCUGCUCUAAACUCAGAAAAGAAUUACAUCAGGGAAGAGCUCCACUGUCCUCUGAACCUGGGUGACCCCGAGAGUGGCUAUCUGACUGAAGCCAACCUGCUGUCCAUCUCUCUCCAGAUUGGAGAGGACUGGCGUGUUAUUGGCUUGAAUCUUGGCCUGAGCUACGAGGACUUGGCUCGCCUCAAGUACAAAAAUAGGGAUGACCUGGGUGCCUUGGUUCUGGACAUGCUGUUCCACUGGGCUCGAGGACAGAGGGAUGCUGGUUCUGGAUCCGUGUCGAGGCUUGUGGCUGCAAUGAAAGACAGCGGCAGAACAGACCUGGCAGAGGAAAUCGAGGAUAUUGUCAGUAUUGGAAGGACAAAGUAUGAGGAGUCGCUGAGGAGAGUUGGCCUGGAGGCAGAGAGCUCCUCCCUCAGUGAAACACAGCAGUAGAUCAGUACAUGCUGGGUGCAGAUGGUUGACUUACACUCGAGUAACCUGUGUUUUUUUAUAAUGUACCCCUAUCAUCUCACCCUGCUGUCUAAACAUCUCAUCCUGCUGCCCUGGAAAACAAAAAAUGUCUUUUUUUUUCCUAAAUCUUGGGAGCUACCUACCAUGUACCUUUUUAAAUGACUUCCAGAAGAAGAGGAGCAGUGGAUGAACUACAUAAAGAUGAAGAUGAUGGCCAUCAACUCGUCAGUUAUUGUGGAAACAAUAUAGAGUUUAUCAAAAUUAAGAAAUAUUGAAGUCUCCAUACUGGCUCUAAGUAAAUUAAUUGUUACAACAUUCCCUUGUAUAGACAAUCCACCAGAUCUGCUUCAGGACCACAGUGUGCAGACAUCCAUAUUUUUGUGACCUUAUGUAGUUUUUUUUCCCUUUAUUUUGCACCUGAAUACUUUGACAUGGAUCUUUGCACUUUUGGUUUCUUUUUAAAACUGUAGAAAUACUCAGUCACAAUUUUUACUUAUAAUGCCAAAAUGACUGAGUAUUCCAUAACUGUGACAUCGUAUCUCUACAUAAUAUUUAUUUAUUUCAUGAAAUUUCAGUUCUUUUGGACUGAUUAAGUGGUCUCUUCUCAACUAUGCAUACACAUGCAUGAAAUAUUGUAGUUUUUAAUAGAAUGAACCUCAGCGUUAACACAGAGUUGAAUUCACCAGCUACAUUUUGGUCAAAAGACCCUCAGGAAUUUCAUGUAUCUGCCCAUACUGUAUUGACAUUUGACAUCAGUAGAUUAUUUUGCCAUGUUUUUGGGCCGAUUUUUUUCCAGUUCAGAACAGAGGAUAGAGAGGAGUAGUAGUGGUACUGUUUUGCAGGUAUCGUCAUACCAGAAUUGCAAGAGGAGCCUGGUUCUGUUGAUAUUUGCUGCCUUGUCAAAAACUGCUUCUUCUACUUAUCCAUAUCCAGUUGUGCAUGUUCCAUACAGGUACAACUCACCAAAUAUAUAUCACUCAUAUUUCCUAUUAUAUAAUGCUCCUGCAACAGAUUUGUUUUGCUAUCCACAUCUCCAUCUUCCCAUGUAUAUAUUAAUUCUACUAAUAAUGUAGAAAUUAUAUACAGUAUAGUGUGUGUCAUCUCUAAACAAAUUUAGCCAAAUCAUCCACAUAUUCAUAUGAUUAUAGGUCAAAAAGGGCUUGAAUAAACAACUAUAAGGCAUUGUUUUUCAUUACCUACAAUCUUAAUAACAUUCACAACAACAUAGCUGCAUAGAUUUAGCAGUGAAGACAGAACUGUAAAGUGUGAGUGAUGCAGAACUGGUAUUUAGCACAUCUUGCAGGGUGGCAUAUAUUGAACCCCAGCCUCCUAACAUCAGCUGAUUGAAGUUCAUGUCAUUGUGUGCCUUUGGACACUGAGGUAGUAGUUAAGCUGCAGCUCAAUCUUAGUGACAUAACAGGAUUUUUAAAUGUAUGCAAGUACAUUAUUGUAAUUUAUCAAUAAGUAGAAAUGCAAAAGAAGUGUUGGAUUUUUAAAAAAAUGUGUAUGUGACGUUCUGUGCAGUGCUAUGCAGUAUUAUGGUUUUAAGAGACAGGUCUCCACAGAAAACACCAACAUUCACAAAGCAAUCUUUCGGUAUUUAACAAAAACUCAAUUAAAAUGUGACCCUAGUUACGAUUAUGAUGAAUUUUGUUCUUUCUUUAACCUAUUUUAUUUAUUUGAAUCUUAUUAUUUAUGGAACCUACAGUGCUUCACAUAUUUAUUAGACCACCUCUCCCUAUGUAUCUCAGAGUCAAUCCAGCAUCCUGAAAUGCUAUGAUGGGACUUUCAUUUUCAGGGAGCUCUUGACGUUUUAUUAUUUUGAAGAGGAAUGAGGAAUUUCAACCUGAAUUCACCUUUUUAUUCCCAAAUUUGAGCUGACUCACUGGGCUCCUUUGAGAAGUCACAAUUAACCAAGCAUAGUAUUAACAUAGUAAUUAACCAAGCAAGUAAAUAACUAUAAUUCAACAUUUUAAUCAAGAAGUAAAUUGGUUUACUACCUACAUUUGAAAAUUCGUAGUUAGUAAUAAUUAUUUUUCAGCACUAAAAAUACAAUGUUGGUUAAAGAGUUUCUGCAUA